AUCGCCAAUCCAUCGUGAGUAAGAUUGGUGGCUAGUGCUCACUCCUUCUCUGUAUGAGAAGAGGCCUGUGCCCUGCAGUGGGACAAUUAAAAAAGCUGAUGAUGACGAUGAUGAUGAGAGAGAAUUUCUAGGCCUGCACUUUAAUGAUAGACCUGUAGACCAAAACCCAACAGCCUAUAUAACUUAUUCAGAAUAUAAACAGGCACCAUGUUUACAUACACUGAACGCUCAUGACACAAUGGCAGAUGUUUUAUAAAGUGUUCAAAGUCUUUCACGCCACCACCAUUUCAUAACAAACCAGCAGAGAAGACGGACGGACAGAUACCACAAACGUUUGUCAUGAACCUGACCUUACAAUGAGCCUGACACAAAUCUUCCCAGUCAUCAUCGCCUUACUGCUCAAUGGAUUUAACACGGAAAAAUGUGAGAGAAUCAAAAUAGGCAACGAAUUCUACAAGCGACAGUUAAUAGCCACCAUCGAUGGGUACCCCACGGGCAUGGUCAUAGACCCUAGAACAGACCACAUAUUCUUCAUCCUGCACAAACGGAAUUACACUAAAGGAAUACAUUUGCUCAAGCAUGGAUCUCUGGGCAUCAAAGAAUUGCCAGUCUCCGACGAAUUAUCAGGACAAUGCGUUGCCAUAGAUACCACUAACAAUAUCAUAUACAUAGGAACUAAUCAAGGGUUAGUAACGUACGAUUAUUCAAGAACAGAAAUCACUGCAGAAAGACCGAUAGGUGAUGAUGACGUUAGAAGUAUCUUUAUUGAUAAAACUGACAAUCAAAUGUAUAUAGCGACAGGAUCGAACCAUGAAAUAUUUCGAUUUAUGAAUGGGUCUGCAGCUGUCAAAAGAUACGAGAAGAUUCCUAAAGCUUACAGCUUUAUUUUGGACAGCAAAGGAAACGCCUUCUAUGAAUACAUCGAUGGAAGAUUGUAUUUCUUCUCAGUAGACUUAUAUGAACCUAUACAAUAUAAAGGUUUUACAAGAGAAUUGAAAUACAUACUACAGUUAAACAAUAAUGAUGAAGCCAUAGUUGCUGUGAAAGGGUCGUUAUUUAGGCUCUUUACAAAAAGCAUACUGCCAGUGAAAAUAGGUCAGUUAGGAUUCAAAAUCACAGGUUUAGCUUUUGACCAAAAGAACAAUAUAAUUAUUGGUACCAAAGGAAAGAUUUAUAGGUAUAAACCGAUCGAUACGAAUGACCCCUGCCCCGCUGAUGAUUAUUUUCUGUCUAGCAUAUAAACAAUUCUUGAUGAACAUUGCAAAACAGAUUUAGUUGCUCGGAGAUUUUCAAGAAAAACUCUUGAUAAUAGAAUUCGCAAACAAAAUAAUGUAAACGUGAAAUUAUGAAUGACGAGAAGUAUAUUUUGCUUUGAUUUCAAUGACAAGUGUGUUUCAUUUUGUAAUUAACUUCCCAAUUUUCAAUUUUUACUAUAUUUGAGUCAGUAUUUUAAUACGUUUGAGCAACUAAAUUUGUUUCUACGUCGAUAUUAGAAAAGUAACAUUGAUGAAGUAUGGAAAAACAUAAUUAUAUUACGAAUGCGGUAUCGAGUGAAUAUCUUUUUUACUGAAUGCAUUGGUUUACCGGUAUUUGCGGUUUUAAUUGAUUUGAUAAACGUUUCCUAGGUGUAAAAACCGUAUCUACGGAUGUAGGUAAUAUAGUCGGUUUUUUGUAGUCAUAGUUUUUGGACCAUUUUUUUUUUUGCUAUAAUUUUGUAUGCUUAGAAAUAUUUCUUUGGAUUUUGUGAAUUCUAGAGGGUGCUACAAUUUUUAGUUUAUUUUUUUUGGUACAAGUUAAGUUUUUUUUUUAUACUUUUAUUUUUUGUUUAUGUAAAUCGAAGCGUUGCUUUAUAAUUUUCGAAGCUUUUUUAAAAAACGAUUCUGCUUAUAAAAAUCAAAAAAAUAGGUAGCAUGGUGUGAAUGAAUGCUUUUUCUAAUCAAUGUCACUUUUCUAAUUAUAAUGUUCAAAAGGACAGCGAGAGUUACCUUGGAUUUUGCGUUUUUUCUAGAUUAGAAAAACUGAAAGUAUUGUUAGGUAUUUUGUAUUAUUAUUUACUACCUGUAGUUAUUUUGCCUAUCACCCUAGUUUUUAGGUAGGUACAUUAUUACCUACAAUUUGCAGUUUUUAGUUAAAAUAUGGGUAAAAUUUACCCCACCUGCACUUGUGAAAAUGCCAAAAACAAUAGGUACUAUUUAAUUAGGUAAUAAUUACUUCGGAAUUACUUUUAUUGUGUUAUAUCGUUUUUAGUACGAUAUUUUUUAUUUAAAAUUGUUAUUUUGUAAAGUCCACCGAAUAAAUGCUUAUUUUCUUAUAAAUCA